CGCGAGUAAAAAAAUUCUUUGAGAGUUAAAAAACAUUUUAAUUAAAGUUUUUGAGUGUUUCAACCAGUAAAAUCAAUUAUUAAGCAAACUAAGCAAGUUAAAUAGAUGAAUAAAUGAUUAGGAAAUAACAAAUUGUUAGUGAAACGUGUCAGGAAUACGAGAAAGCUGCAAUAUAAGAAAAAUGGAAGAAAAAUCAUCAAUUUACCAAGAAUAUACACAAAUUAAUGAGAAAAAUCAAUGGUUUAUAGUUUAUCAGAACAUAAAGGACGCAAGUGAAGCAGAAGCUAAAAAAUGCAAUUAUUCUAUUAAUGAAUCGAAAAAGUCCAAUAACAGAAAAUUAAAUAGAUAUCGUGAUGUUAAUCCAUAUGAUCAUUCAAGAAUUACUUUAAAAAGACAGACUAUUGAUAGUGAUUAUAUAAAUGCGAAUUUGGUGAAAUUAGAUCGUGCAAAGAGGCAGUAUAUAUUAUGUCAAGGACCUCUGGAGCAUACAGUCGGCCAUUUCUGGCUUAUGGUGUGGGAGCAACAAUCGAAGGCUAUUCUAAUGCUCAAUAAGAUAAUAGAGAAGAAACAAGUAAAAUGUCACCUAUAUUGGCCGAAGAAAGAAGGACAGCGACUUAAUUUGCCUGACGUUGGGCUAACGGUAGAAUUUGUUACAGCUGAGAACUAUAAAAACUUUUCAAAACGUCUGUUUCGAGUUACUGAUGUGGAAUCAACAAAGUCGAGAGAGGUCAUACAAUUUCACUACACUCAGUGGCCUGAUUUUGGUGUCCCAAGUUCUCCCAUCGCAUUUUUACAGUUUCUUAAGCAAGUUCGUGAUUCCGGGGUUUUGGACGAAAAUGUUGGCCCGCCAGUUAUUCACUGCAGUGCAGGAAUAGGUCGUUCGGGUACAUUUUGUCUGGUUGAUUGCUGUUUAGUUCUGAUUGAUAAAGAAGGUGAAAAUAGGGUGUCAGUUCAAGAUAUUCUUCUGGAGUUGCGCAAAUAUAGAAUGGGAUUAAUUCAAACAUUUGAUCAGUUAACAUUUUCGUAUGAAGCCAUCAUCGAAGGAAUGAGGCGAAUGAAUAAUGAUACAUUUAAUGAUUUGGACAAUUUAGAAAUUGCGACUGGAAGUGAUGAAGAAACUGAACAAUCCCCACCGCCGAUACCACCAAGAACAUCAUCAUUUGUACCAAGAACUUCACCACCACAAUCUGAACCACGUCAACCAAUUACUAUAUCUGACUCAAGUGAGUCGACAUCGUCAGAUGCAUCAGAUAUACGAGAGGAUACAAGCAGUGAUAGUGAUGAUACAACUGAAGAUGAUAAAAUAAAUAUUCAUUGUAAAUCGAAAGAUUUUGAUGCAAAUUCGAGCUUGCCACCGAUUCCAAAUGGAACUUUAGACUUGACAUCGCCAGAUAAGCAGCAGAAAUUCAGUUCUGACGAAGAGAAAUCACCAUUGUUAAGUGACAAUAACGUUACCCCGAACAACAUUAACAACAAUAGUGAAGUGCGCCAUCGCACUAGAGUGGCUCGAAAUGAGGCAAUGCAGGACAAGAUAAGGGAAAUUAAGCGCAAACAAAAAGAAACCGAGAGCAAAAAAAUAUCAUUGCCGAAAAAACGCAGGUCACUUUUAAUUCUAUCCGGUGUAAUAUUAGUUUUGUCAGUUUUCGCCUAUGUUUAUGUGAAAUCUUAAUAAUUUUUCUCUUUAAUUUCAUUUUUAAAAACCCCCCUUCUUUUUAUGAAACGGUUAAAAAUCAAUCGAUCACAUUGAUUUCUUAUUUUUUUCCAUCCCUAUAAUAAUUUUUUCCUCAUUUUUUUUUUUGAGUAGCGAAAUGUGAUCUCCUC